GAAAAUUCAAAUUCCAUCAUUUCCAUCUGACUUCUCAGAGUCGACAGUCAACAAGUUCUCCGAGGAGGUGUUUUGUGUGGUUUCGCGCGUUGCCCUCGCAAAAAUAAUCAUGCAUCCGAAUUCAGUCAGACGUAGAUCGUCGAGCAAUCCCGUGAGGAUAUCCGCGAUCGAACGGGAGGACAAAAGCUUGACCCGGACCGAUCAGCGACGUACGCAAACAUUGAAAUCGAAGGGCAUGUCGAUCGGUGAAGCCUCUCAUAUUCCCAGACCUCGCUUUAGGAGCUCCUCCAGCGACCGAGCGGGAUCGCUCGGCAGAAAAUCGUAUUUGAAAGUGCCAGGUAGAACUCCACUACGUCAACCGACAACUCCAAUCAUCACCCCGACAAGAGUUUCCACUAAGCUUAAUGUGCCAGGGUUGGUGCUUACAGCGAGUACCAGUAGACUUCACGUGGCCUCGUCAGUCGACCGUCGUCGAUCGCCGUCUGGCGAUCGUGCUAGCAGCGUGGGAGCUAAAGGUCCCAGGAAGGACACGAGGCCCCUGACAGAUAAGAAUUAUCAGAUGACUCUGCUAAACAAGAUAGACAACUUCUUUUAUGAGAAUCAGGCCUCGACGAUGCUAAACAGUAACGGCAGCUUGAAACCGAUCACACUGAAGAUGUUUGUGGAAGUUUCUAGCUUCCUACUGAAGUAUCUUGAGGUCAAGCACGAUCUCACGCUGACGAAUUACAUAGACGAGUUGCCGAAAUGCGCGAAGAAGCUACACUAUCCUGGCGUGAUGACCAAAUCCUGGCUGAAAACUGCCAAUGCGAUGCACUCGUGGCCCUACGUUCUCGGUUGGAUUGGCUGGUUAGUGGAGGCGUGCCAGGUGAAAGAACUCGCGUUCAAUAAAUACCAACUGGAUAGCUUGCCGUUCACGGGAACGAAGAAACAGGCUCAAAGUGCUAACAUGGAGUUUCAAGCCCUGUUGGAAUGCUACAGAGCUUGGAACGACGAGAAACUCGACGAGGAGGCGGAACUGUUGGAGCGAUAUCUGCAAAAUAUUUUAGUUCAACAAGGCAUUACGGAUGAUGAUAUAGAUCAGGCACACAAGGAACUGGAAGAAGAAGAAGUAAAGUUGGAGAGACACACCGAGGAGUCACAGAGUCUCGAAGAGAAAAUUAAAGAUAGACAGCAAAUAUUAGCGUCUUUGCGCGCCAAGGAAUCCACGCAGUUGAACAAUAUUAAAAACAUGGAGGAUUAUAUCAAGCAGAUUUCCGCCGAGACAAAUCAAUUAAAUGCAGAACACGAUGUCUUAGAUGAGCAAAUUAAGACGGGAAAAGCGCAAUACGAAGAUUUAAUCUCGAAAGUAGAAAGUCAGCCCAUGUCUAAAACUGAAAAGGAUAACAUUAUUAAAAAAUGCACAGAGAUUCAAAACUACAUACAUCAAUUUGAUGAACAUUUGAAAGAUUACCAAAAGGAAUUGUACACUUUAGAUAUUAAAUUAGCAACUUCUAAUAAUAAUCUCAAUAAGACCAUAUUGGCAUAUAAUAAAGAGGUCUUUAUGCAUAUCGAUAAUGAGAUUGGGGUGAAUUUCGAUGAAUUAAGGCUGCCAGAAAAAGGAUUGUUGAAUCCGCAAAUGAUGGAUAUAAUGGAAGAAAAGGCUGCUUCAAUAAAAACCUUCAAAGGAAUAUUGAUGAAGCAAUGCAAUGAGACAGAGUCUGUCAUUCGUUCUGAAAUCACGAAACAGGAGAGACUGGAAGAAGAAAUUAAAUCUUUACCAAACGAUAACAAAAUGAAGGAGGAGACAUCUCACAUUGAUAAAAUAAAGGAAGACGCGAAAAACGAGAAAAACAAACUUACAAAACAAAUAGAAAACUUCAGAAAGGAAAUUAAAGAAAUGCAGGACAUGCUGCCGGAUAUAAGAGCGACAGACCUCGAAAUAGAAGAGCUAGAAGACAAAUUAGAUGCAGUUACGAGAAGAAAAACCUAUUUAGAACAAGCUGCUAGUCGAUUUUUUGAAGAAUUUUACAAAGUCAUCGGCGAAAAUAGAAAAGAGCUUCAUAAUACUUUAACAAAAGACAGAACGUCGUAAUAUAAUUACAUGUAUAAAAAUAUUGUAUAAUACUGAGAGAUAAAAUACCAGUAUUAACUCAUAUUAUUUGUAUUACAUAUUCUAUUAUAUAUUAUAAUAUGGUUCCCAUAUAAGUAAAAUGUGCCAUCUUAUUAAAAUAUAAUAUGUACAAAAAUUUGUUUAUUUCAAAUAAAGCAUUUUAUAAAUAUGUUUUCAUCGCAGAAUUUUCUUAUGCGCGUGUAUUUAUGUACAAAUAAAAUAGAUACACAUUCUUA